AUGGGGAAAUUGAUCAGGAUGGGGGUGCGGGAAAGGCGGUUGCUCUGGCCAAAGCGGCUUCAUUGGAGUCGCCUCCUCUUCCUAUUGGCAAUGUUGAUCAUUGGUUCCACCUACCAGCACCUGAAGAGCCUCCGGGGCCUCCCCUCACUGUGGGGAGCAGUCUCUUCCCAACACCCUAUAAAACUGGACAGCCGGGAUCUCCCCAACAAUGAGAUGAUGAUGGUGAGCAGUGACCCUCCAAGAGCUCGCUCUGAAAUGGAGGGUGAGACACUGGUGCCCCAAGCCACAGUGGGCAAAGAUGAAGCAACCCCUGGCAUAACAAUGGAGAACACCCCUAUUACUCCCAGAAGAAUAGCCAACAUCACUCCAACAAUACCCAAGAAUAACUACAGCCCAACAGCAGCAGGCACAGGAAGUGUGAAGGAAAACACCACAACCACACCUAGUGGAGUAUUGAGUCACUACACCCCAACUUCAAGCAGACCAACAGUAAAGAAUUAUACCCCAACAACACUCAGGGGAGAGAUGCAGAGCUACCACCCAACUCAAGCCAGAGGAAAGGUGAAGAAAUAUAUCCCAUCCCCACUUGGUAGAGUAGUAGGCAAUUAUGCCCCACCCACACUCAAGACAGUGAUAAGGAGCCAUGGGAUCACCUUCAGAACAACAGUAAAAGACAGUGAAACUAUGGCAACCAACAAAAUACUGGAGACCAACGCCCUUAAGAGAAUAGUGGAGGAAACCACCCCAACAACUCUCAAGGGAAUAAUUGAUAACACCCCAACUUUCCUGAUAAAUGAUGUAGAGACAAACAUCUUGACUUCUCCAAGGAGUGUGGUGGAAAAGAACACCCUGAAUACCCCCAGAAGAAUGGACAUUAAUAGCUCAACCAGCCCCCAGGAGUUACUGGGAAAAAACAACCUGGCAAUUCCACAGGGAACAGUCCUGGAGCACACUGCAGCCACCUCUGAGGGGAUGAUAAGCACCAUGACAGGCAGUAGCCCAGCAGAAAUCAAAGCCUCUACUACUGCCUGGAUUGUUGGGAAUCUCUCGUCCAGAACCAGUAAACCACCCAUCAGAAUAUCCUCAUCCACCUUCUGGGGGCUGGCUAAGAAAACUUCCACAGCAUCCAGCACCUCAGCAUCCACCAGGGUCAGGGCAAAUCCGACCACCCAGGUCCGUGACUGUGUGGCUGUGGAGCCAGCCCCACCGGUGCCCACUGUCCCCUCCCCCAGCCUGACAACAGCUGUGAUCCCAGAGGUGCCCAGUCCCAGUUCCUCAGCAUUGCCCCCUGGCUGGUCAGACCUUCCCCCCAAGGGAGAGUACCCCCCAGACCUGUUCAGUGUGGAGGAGCGGCGGCAGGGCUGGGUGGUCCUGCACAUCUUUGGCAUGAUGUAUGUGUUUGUGGCCUUGGCCAUCGUGUGCGACGAGUACUUUGUCCCAGCCCUGGGCAUCAUCACAGACAAGCUGCAGAUCUCUGAGGAUGUGGCAGGUGCCACAUUCAUGGCUGCUGGAGGCUCUGCCCCUGAGCUCUUCACUUCCCUAAUUGGUGUCUUCAUCUCCCACAGCAACGUGGGCAUCGGCACCAUCGUGGGCUCUGCUGUGUUCAACAUCCUGUUUGUCAUAGGCACCUGUGCCCUCUUCUCCCGGGAGAUCCUCAACCUCACCUGGUGGCCCUUAUUCCGUGAUGUCUCCUUCUACAUCCUUGACCUGAUAAUGCUCAUCCUCUUCUUCCUGGAUAGCUUCAUUGCUUGGUGGGAGAGCCUGCUGUUGCUGCUGGCCUAUGCCUUCUAUGUGUUCACCAUGAAGUGGAACAAGCAGCUUGAGGUCUGGGUGAAGGAGCAGCUCAGCAGGAGGCCAGUGGCCAAGGUCAUGGCCCUAGGGGACCUCAGCAAGCUGGGCCAUGGGGCAGUUGCCGUGGAUGAGCGACAGGAAAACAGGAAGCUAAAGCUCCCGUCUGUGCUGACCCGAGGGAGCAGCUCGGCCUCUCUGCACAACAGCACCAUCCGCAGCACCAUCUUCCGGCUCAUCGUCCACAGCCUGGACCCCCUGGGGGAAGACCGCCCCUCCAAGGACAAGGAGGAGGAGAGCUUGAAUCAGGAGGCCAAAGCCAAGCCUCAGUUCAAAGCAGAGAGCAAAGCAGAAGAGGAGGAGUCAGCCCAACUCCCUUUGGUCACGGUCACACCAGCCCCUGCUCCAGACGUCCAGGGAGCUCAGGAGGAGGAUCCUGGUGGUCAGGAAGGUGAUGUGGCUGGAGCUGAAAGCACAGGGGAAACGAUGGGCGGAGAGGUUGAAGCUCCUUGUGAAGGUGAAAAGGGAGAGGGAGGUGGAGGUGAAACUCAACUAGAAGGUGAAGGUGAAACGGAAGCAGGAGGAAAAGGAGACAAUGAAAGUGAAGCUGAAAUCCAAGCAGGAGGAAAAGGAGACAAUGAAAGUGAAGCUGAAAUCCAAGCAGGAGAAGAUGGGGAAAUGAAAGGUGAUGAAGGUGAAGCUGAAGAGCAGGAAUUCCAUGCUGAAAAUCAAGGUGAAGCCAAAAGUGAUGAGAAAGGUAUAGAUGAUGAAGGGGGAGGUGAUGGUGAAGAUGAGGAAGAGGAAGAAGAGGAGGAGGAGGAAGAAGAGGAGGAGGAGGAAGAAGAGGAAGAGGAGGAGGAGGAGGAAAAUGAGGAGCCUUUGUCCCUGGAGUGGCCUGAGACCAGGCAGAAGCAGGCCAUGUACCUCUUCCUCCUGCCCAUUGUGCUCCCGCUCUGGCUGACGGUACCUGACGUCCGGAGGCUGGAGUCUAGGAAGUUUUUUGUCAUCACCUUCCUGGGAUCCAUCACGUGGAUAGCCAUGUUCUCAUACCUCAUGGUGUGGUGGGCUCACCAGGUUGGUGAAACAAUAGGGAUUUCUGAAGAGAUCAUGGGUUUGACAAUCCUAGCAGCAGGCACGUCAAUUCCUGACCUCAUCACCAGUGUGAUUGUUGCUCGGAAAGGCCUGGGAGACAUGGCUGUGUCAAGCUCUGUGGGCAGUAACAUAUUUGAUAUCACCGUGGGCCUGCCCGUUCCUUGGUUCCUUUUCUCUCUUAUCAAUGGAUUACAGCCUGUUCCAGUCAGCAGCAAUGGCUUGUUUUGUGCAAUUGUUUUGCUUUUUCUCAUGCUCGUGUUUGUGAUCUCUUCAAUUGCAUCAUGCAAAUGGAGGAUGAACAAGAUCCUGGGCUUCACAAUGUUCCUCCUCUACUUUGUAUUCCUAAUAAUCAGUGUGAUGUUAGAAGAUCGAAUCAUAUCCUGCCCUGUAUCUGUCUGAGUCAGAGUCACUGUUGCUCAAAAUGGACAUGGGUCAGAAAACCAUGCCAGAAGUUACUGCACCUCUUGUUACAUUAUGGAAAGAAUGAACGUGAUCCAGGAGACUGAACUGAGUGGCCAAGAGCCUCUAAUGUGAAUGGGAUGCAGGACUGAAGUUUAUGCCUGGAAAUACCUGCAGCUUAUUGUGGAAUAAGACUCUCACCUCUGGACAGGUGGAGUUCCUACCCCAGACGGAUGCAGACAGCUAUCACAUGGAGGCCACAGAAGGACCCCUGGAGUCACAAGGUUUUCUAAAUGAGGGAGAACUGGGGAGGAGGGCUGGGACAGGCACCGGAGCAAUAAGACAAGCUCCCGUGCUCACAGUUCCCUGAUCAUUCCUGAAGGGCCACUGAUCCAAAAGAUGCAGAUGUGAUUUACAUCUCACCCUCCAGGUCCCUGCCCCAAGAACACCCUGCAAUAUGCUGUCUUCUCUUUCUUUCCAAAACAUGAGGCUCUAUCAGGUUUGUAAUCAUUACAGCUUCAGUUAUUGGUGAGUUUAAGGAGCUAAGGCUAUAGGAAAAGAAGUAUAACAGGAAUCAAUUGUCAUUACACAUCAUAGUCCACUAAAGUGUGCGCCAAUAUUUUAUAGCUUAAAAGGAGGGCUACAUUAGCUUGUUGCAUUUCUGAAAAGUGAAAUUAAAAUAAGUAGCCCAAGAAAUUAAAAUUUAUAAUUUGCCCCUGAAUUGGAAGGCGUGGACAUUAGGGAAGGAAAACUAGUCUAAGGGCUAUUUAAAAAUAUGUACUUAUUAGAAAAUCCAAGUUAGUGUCUCCAUCAAGUGGUCCCCUUGAGGGAUGAGACAUUCUAACAAAGCUGUCCUCGCUCCAGCAUAUUCUCACCCAACAGUGACAACUGCUACUAGUAAGAAGGAAAGGAAUUUUAGAGAGAGUCCAAAGUCAGCAGAGCCAAAUCUGGUUUAUAAAGCAGGAGAUCCAGUGGGGCAAUGCUACUUCUGCAUGUCAACCUAGACAGGACUAUAAAGCAAGAGGACUGACUGCUUGUGUGGUUUGUAAGUGGAUGUUAAGGCAAUCGCAAAGGCAAAAUUCCAAAAAUGCUUAACACAAUGACAACAUGGUGCAAAAAAAGUAUUACUACUUCCAAGGUAGCUAGUGUAAAGGACACUUGUGUUUUUAAAAAUUGUGGGGUUAAACAUUUCAAGUGGAAUUUGAAGUGCUUGUAUACUAAAUACCACUCCUUGCUGCUUUUACUAGCAUCAAGUUAAGGAACACAGUAGAAAUGAAACAGUUCUAUGUCCCUGGUUUCAGAGCUCAGGCGACUGUAGAUUAUGAUGGUGAAUGUGGCUUUAAUUACAAACACGAGAGAGGAUUCACUGACGACUAGAAGACAGCAGGACAGUGGUGAUGUGAAAAGAAAAUCAGACACUGGUGUUGAAGGGCUGUGUUCAAAGUACUUCAGUCCAUAAUCUAUCUUUUAAGAUGGGCGGUUAAUUUACUUAAUGGCCUCACUACCCUAGGAUUCACAUUCUUUGGAGAUGACUUUUUAUUAAAUUUUAGUAAAUUGUGAGUCCCAAUGAUAUUUUAUUUUACAAACAUGGAUGGGUUCAUCCAUAUCUUUAGGUUACUUGUCAGAAUGCUCAAGAGAAGACUGAAGAAGAAUAUGGAAGCGUGUUCAAAUUCCCUAUUCUUCAAUUCGUUAUCCUCAAUCCUGAUGCUGCUGCACUGCCUGGUCUCCAUGUGCCAUGGCCUAAGAACAGGAGGAGAGACCAAUGCCUAUGGGAGGGAGAUGCCAAUCCCCAAACUCUAGGCACCAACCUGGUCUCUGCAGCCAGUGCCAGCUAGCCAUAGGGAUGUCACCUCCUCACUGAUAGCCCAGGAUCUGAUACUCUUCCCUGAAUGACUGACUGAGGAGAGAGGGACAGUGAAAUGUUCUGAAUGAUGAAGUGCUGGACAGCCAUUUAAUGAUUAAAAUCAACUCUGGGGCUGGCCCUGUGGCUGAGUGGUUAAGUUCGUGCUCCGCUGCAGGCAGCCCAGUGUUUCGUUGGU